ACAACAAGCUGUCAUCCUCCCAACUUACUUGCACAGCCUGUCGUUGCCCCCACUGGUCGUUCAAACUUCAAAACUCCAAUAUCAAAAAACAUAAUCACAUAACACCAAAAUCCAACGUGGCACGGCUUGAUUAUAUAUAUACACACAAAACCACAUUUCCCUUCAUCCUUUCCAAACUAUUCAUCUUGGCCUGAAACCGGGUCGACUCAGUGAGUCAAACGAAAUGGGUAUAUGCAUGUCGUACGAGUCGACACAGGUGGCCACGGCGAAGCUGAUCUUGCAAGAUGGAAGGAUGAUGGAGUUCACGACUCCGGUCAAAGUGGGUUACGUUCUGCAAAAGAAUCCCAUGUGUUUUAUAUGUAACUCCGAUGAUAUGGACUUCGACGAUGUCGUGUCCGCCAUUAGCGCCGAUGAGGAGCUUCAGCUUGGACAGCUUUACUUUGCAUUGCCUCUCAGCUCGCUUCAUCAGUCUCUUAAAGCGGAGGAGAUGGCUGCAUUGGCUGUUAAAGCUAGCUCUGCUCUCAUGAGAAGCGGUGGUUCUUGCGGCCUAGAUAAAUGCCGGUGUCGCCGGAAAUGUGUUUCUCCGGUUAUCUUCUCUGUCCGGAGUCUGACGGCGGCGGGAUCUCACGGUCAGACGAGGAAUGGGAAAAGACGCGGCGGUGGUGGUAGCGGGAGGAGGAAGUAUGAGGCCAAGUUGAGUAAAAUAGAAGAAUGAAAGGUAGUUUGGGGAUUAAGUAAUUAUUGUAGGGUUAAAUAUGUGAAUAUCAAGUUAUUAAGGGGACCAAAUUGCGUUGUAAAACGUGGGGAAAUCGUACUUGGUUUACAAUCAUAUGAUUAGAUGAUUUACGUCCUAAUAAAAGUUGAGACAAGAAAUUCCAAAAAGACGCAUUAUUUUUGUUUUUGGUUAA